UUAGUCAAUUAUCUUGGUAACGGAGCAAACUACAACAAACCACUGAGCAAAAAACGCACGAGCCUACAGAGGUCAUUCUCAGCUCUACUGGUUGAAUUAACCCGACUGUAACCAAUCCCUGUUACUGCAAUGGACGGCUUUGAUUUAAAUUCGUCAGAAAAGGCUGAUGCUUCAGAACUCCAAAGGAUGAUCGCAAUUGAACAACAGAAAGCGCAGUUUCAGGCCCAGGUGCAUAACUUCACAGAUGUCUGCUGGGACAAGUGCAUGGAGGGGAGCCCGAGUUCAAAACUGGAUUCACGGACAGAGACUUGCCUCGUGAACUGUGUUGACCGCUUCAUUGACACUACCUUGUCUAUAACCAACCGGUUCACGCAGAUGGUGCAGAAGGGUGCCCAUUGAUGGGAGCUAGACUAUGGGAAAUAGACACUGUUUUAUUUUGUAAAAGAACUGUGCAUUAUGUUUUCCUUUAUGUCUCGAGCCCCUAACACCAUUGCCUAAUAUGCUGAGUAUGAUAUGCCACAGUACAAUUAUUAAAGAGGUAGGCCUAAAUUGGACAUGAUAUAGAAUCACAAAGUAUUUGGUUGCAAUAUGGCUUUAUUAUCAAAUCAAGUUUAUUUUAUAUAGCCCUUCGUACAUCAACUAAUAUCUCGAAGUGCUGUACAGAAACCCAGCCUAAAACCCCAAACAGCAAGCAAUGCAGGUGUAGAAGCACGGUGGCUAGGAAAAACUCCCUAGAAAGGCCAAAACCUAGAGAGGAACCAGACUAUGAGGGGUGGCCAGUCCUCUUCUGGCUGUGCCGGGUGGAGAUGUAUACUAUAAAAUAACUUCUUUUUUUUAAAGUAGGCCCAAGAACUACACCGUGCUGCUCAUUACAUCUAUGUAACAUAUGUGUGACAUCAUCAUUUGACAUAGUUUUCUUUCCUACAAUACUUUAGUAUGUGUAACAAAUUUGUCAUUUUAGAACAGUACACACAAAAAAAAUACAGGUUAGAAAGGGAAAAAGGUAUGAACAAUAUGCCCUGAAGAGUACUUGUAAAUAGGUCAGUAAACAUGUUCUGUUUCAUUUCAUCAACACUCAUCAUGUUGUGCCAUUCAUAUUGAGUAAAGCAGAACACAUGUAUACUAGCGAAUGCAUCAUCAGACAGUACUAAAAAACGUUACAAAAAUGUGUUGUUUUUGGUUUGGCCAUUGAAUUUCGUAAUUUCGUUUGUCAACAUUCAACCUUUAAUCAUGGCUUCUCAAGCUAUUCAAAAUACAAUCGAUGUCCCCAGGCCCCAGAUGUCUAUCAUGCCAGGUUACUGAUGUUCCUGGCUGCCCUUAGUGCAGAUUUCAUGGCAGUCUCGAUCCAAGCAUGAGGUAGGGCAGUGUGCUCCCCAGCAAAGUGGACUCUGCUCUCAUUCCUGAACAGGUCCGAGGCGUAGUCCGUCUGCUGGUAAGGUGUGUAAAUGGCAAAAGCCCCCAGGCUGAAGGGAUCCAGCCCCCACUUCUUCACUAACCCUCCAGUGCAGAGAGGACGUAUAACCUCCCCAUGGAUCUUUACAAGGUCAUCCAGCACCAAAGCCUUCAGCUCAUCCUCGCUCACCCCCUGGAACAGAGUGGAGUCAUCGGAACAGGUGUAGGAUGCCAGGAGAGCCCCCCCAGCCGUGCCUGGGAAGCUGUGGCUAGGGUAGUAGAUGAAACGAGAGGGGAGAUCCGUGAUGCUCUUCCCCCCUUUGAUGCCCUCCUUUUCCCAGAAUCUCUCGCUGAAGCUGAGGACCACCUUGGUGGAGCUGGCGUAGUGCACGGACCGCAGGGCCUCCAUCUUCUGGGGUGACAGCGGGGGUUGGAAGUCCAUGAAAAGGGUGGCCUUUGCUGUAGCUGUCACCAGGGCAUAGUCUACUGUAAGGUUGGUCAGGGAGGAUGGAUUGCGCCAGUCCUGGUAGGAUAGGGUCACGUUGCUGCUGGUUUGACUGAUGAGUCGGACCUUGGAGUUGAGAAGGAUGGUGCUGUUGAGGGCCUGGUAAAAUGCCCUUGGUAAAUGGUCAAACCCAUCAGUGAUCUCGUAAUAGCUGAAAAACAGAACAUUCCACUACUUUAAUACACUACUUAACAAACACUAGAUGUAGGGCGGGGUGUCUAAUUUGGUUAUAUGUGCAUAGUGCUGUUCUUACACAGUGUUGUCGUUAAUAUCUGACUGAAUAUACAGCAUCUCAGUAAGUGAUGCGUAGAAGAGGCUGUUCUCAUUCAGGAUAUCUCCAAUCAUGCGCAGGGCACCACGACUCAGGUUCCCCUCCUUCACUAGAUACUCCUAUCAGAAAUCAACACUUAUUAAAAUUGCUGAAUAAAGAUAUAUAAAAACAUAUUCAUUCCAUUUUUAUGAAGGAAAGUGGCAAAGUGCAUACCAAUUUAGCCUAUAACAAUAAUCCUGCAUCUUGUCUGAUGGUUACCUAUAAGCAACCAAGUGUUUUCUUACCUUGACUGAGUACGAGUCAUAUUUUCUCAACAUGGCCUUGCAGCCAGCUGUCUUGAUAUCAUCCCUUAUCUACAACAAAUAAUUUGUCAAACGUAUUUGUUAUAACUGUGUUAUGUGACACAUACUGUACCUGUAUAUAAAAUAACAUUUAACAUUACACAGUGUUCCACCACAGGAGUCUAAUGCUGUGUUUGGAGCCCCCCUCCAUUUGCACACACCUUCCACAGGGCCAAGUCGAAGAGCUGACCAGCCGAUUUUCCCCUUUCCUUGUCAGUCAAGGGAUAGUUCAGCACGUCUGGGUUCUCUUUAACCCUAUAUGUUUUCUGCAGCAACCCGUUCACAUGGUAAUAUGUGUUGAUGUCAUCUUGGAUAAAUGGAUUCAGUCCAAGGCCCAUUUUUAAUGCAAAUGAUAAAAGAAUUCUGUUGAAUUUAAAAUGCCAUAGUUAACUUUGUUUUGAUGGUUAAAGUAAACACCUGCUAUCAUUCUUAUGCAAAUCUAAAGGAUAUGCACCUGUAUCAGAUCAUAAUUCAUUUGAGAUAGGAUGCUUGACCUCUUUUCAACAAUAACAUAUGAAGAUAGGGAAUAAGAGAUCGCUACCUAUUUCAUGUGGUAGGACAAUAGGCCUAACUCACUUGUGAAAGCUAGGGAUCCUCAUAGCACCCAGUUCUGCAUACCAUCCCUCUCUUCUAUUUCUGUAGGUCUCAACCCGUCCUCCAAUUCGACCACUUGCCUCUAUUAAAGUCACCUUGUCCAAAAAAACAAAAUAUAUCAGUUUCCCCCUUUUACGCUGUAGGCCUAUUAUUAGUCAUAACCAGAUAAUUAGAAUACUGACACUAAAAUAAUUUCUGAGUAUGUCAAUCAUACGUAAAUUAGCAUAUGUCAAUGUUAUUCAUUGUGUUGACAUUGAUACAGUAAAUGUUAUGAAAGAUACUGUACCUUGUGCCCUGCGUCCUCCAGAAACUUUGCUGCAGUCAGUCCAGCAAUACCACCACCGAUGAUGGCAAUAUGAUGAGGUGUCUUUGUGAAGGGAAGACCUCUGUUCACAAUUUCAAGGAGUUCGGCAUAGUCUGAAUCUUGCAGGCAGUCAAAAAGAGGAUCUUCAAUGUAUCCAUUGACACUGAAAACUAUGACCACAACUAUAGCGACAGGAACUGGAAAAUAAAUAAGUAAUUGUUUAAUAGGCCUCCAGGCUUCAAAUAUAUGAAACAUGUAUAAAAAAAUAAAAUAAAAACAAUUAAGGGCUACAGAUAUGUUUUUAAAGUAUAUGCAAUAUACAUUAAUGGCAUGCUAUUCUUGUUUUCACCCCAAAAUCACAAAACUAGAUCUAGAAUGACUUUUAGAAUGUUCCUGAACAACAUCCCCUUUUCUACUUCCCAAUAAGUUGUUGGAAUUCAACAAAAAGUUUUUCCGAAAGUAAUUUAUUGUGUUUGGAUUGCCACAUAAGCAGUGGUGUAAAGUACUUAAGUUAUAAAAGACUUUCAAGUACUACUUAAGUAGUUUUUUUGGUAUCUGUACUUUAUUUUUACUAUUUAUAUUUUUUGACAACUUUUACUUUUACUCCACUACAUUCCUAAAGAAAAUAAUGUACUUUCUACUCCAUACAUUUACCCUGACACCCAAAAGUACUCGUUACAUUUUGAAUGCUUAGCAGGACAGGAAAAUUGUCCAAUUCAGGCAAAAUCUCUGGUCAACCCUACUGCAUCUGAUAUGGAGUGACUCACUAAACACAAAUGCUUUGUUUGUAAAUUAUGUCUGAGUGAUAGUGUGCCCCUGGCUAUCUGUGCAUUAAAAAAAUGUAAAAUCGU